AUGUUCCCACAACAGCACUAUAGCAUAUCUUCUCCCGACGCCUACGCACCCGUCCCGCAGCCAACCGGCGAACGGGUCGUCUACGCCUACCACCCCAAUCAUAGGUCCACCGUCCAGCCCACGCCCAUCAUCAAGCACCCUCGCCACUGCGACCGCAACGAAUGCCAUUUCGAACACCAGCGCCCCCGCCCCCAGUCUCACGUUCGGUUUGGCGCCAACAGAACGUACAGAGAGGAGACACAGGAAGAGCGCCGUGCCCGGAGGGCCCAGGAAGAAUACCGUGCCCCUCGCGGACACGGCAAUGACUACAGGUAUGAGAUUCUUUACGACAGCCACAGACGCGAGUGCGACGAGCGUAGACAUUCUCAUGAGCGGAAGAGAUUUGCCUACGCCGACCACCAGCACCGUGGACGCCCUUACAGCCAAGACUCGCCCCACAGCCGGCAUGUUGAGCAUCGUUCUAGCUCUCCCACCGUCGGACCGUCCGUCCUAGACAUCCGCGACCCCGGCUGGAAGAAUCCGAGGCCACCAGCGCCGCCACACUCUCCCGGCCCCAUGAGGCCUGCAGUUAUCUACUCUCAACUGGAUUUCCCCCGCGGACAGCUUUACGCCAGCCCUCAGGCCUACCCAGCCAGGCCUUCCCCCAGGCGACACUCCACUCAUGCUCCCGACGGGACGUACUCCGUCUUGCCGGCCGCCCCAGGCUUUGCGAUCCGCCCGCCUACUCAGCCUGUGGCCACCAGACAGCAUGCGGGGAGUCCCGAGCCUCGCAGUGUCGGAAGCCUGACUGGAUAUGCUGCUACCGAAUACGGCGGCUCUGACUCUGAGUGACGG